AUGACUGUGGGUUUGAUGUGGGGAGCUGUGGUGGGUGGAAAAAGUGAACAAAUUUGUGUGCGUUUGAUGCCCGAAAAUAAUGAAAAAGUACGAAAAGGCAAUCAUGGAAUCAUUUUUGCAUAUCCUGGGGAGGCAGUUGCAGUUUGCAUCGGGCUUGGAUGCAGGUUCAACGUGUGCCAAAAAACUCCUGAGUGA